AGAAAUUUCUAGACAACAAAAUCAGAGAGAUCUGGGUCCUUAAUGAAAUAUAUCUUUUGGUUCUGAGAACAGAGUGAAAACAGAGGAAAAAACUGAGUGGUUUAAGCUCUGCAAAUGUCUUUAAGUGGAGGAGAGUUUUAUUUGUUUCUUGAAAGUGAGAAAGUUGAAGGAGAGUGGGAGAAAGAACGAUAGAUUCAUUCAUUCAAUCAUUAUAAGAAUUAUUAUUCAAUUUGGAUUCAAUCAAACUAAAUCAUCAUCAACAAAACUCAAAUUCACAGAGAGAGAUUGAAGAGCAGAACAAAACCCAAAUCUCAACAAGAUUUUUUGAGUGAUCAUAAUGGGAAUUACUGGAACAGAGUUAUCAACUAAUGAAUCCGCCACCAUGAAAUCACCACCACCACAAAGGGUGGCGGGUCUUCCGAAUGAAGCCCUUGAACUAGUGAAAUGUGAUUGUUGUGGAUUAACGGAAGAAUGUACAUUAACAUACAUAUCCAAAGUGAAAGAAAGAUAUCAAGGGAAAUGGAUUUGUGGAUUGUGUGCCGAAGCUGUUAAAGAUGAAAUCUCUAGAUCAAGAACAUCAUCAUCAGAAGAAGGAGAUAAGAAGAUCACAAUUGAAGAAGCACUGAACCUACACAUGAAUUUUUGUAAGAAAUUUAGGUGUUUAUCAUCAUCACCACCACCAAAUCCAACUAAACAUUUAGUUUCAGCAAUGAAACAUUUACUGAGAAGAAGUCUUGAUUCACCUCCAAGUGUUCUAGUUCGAUCAAGUUCCAGUAGUAGUGGUGGUUCUGAUUUGAUUAGAACUAAGAAGAAUUCUGAUCAUAAUGUUGUUCAUCUUAAACGAUCUGGUAGUUGUUUCUCUACUCUUGCUCGUUGAAUCGAAGAACAACCAGUUGGUCAAGCACUUGGUGGUUGUACCAAGAGGUAUGCAGCAAAGAGGAGCAACUAUCUUUAAGGUGUAUCUGCCAAGUGAUUACGACAUGGUUUAGGUUUCAGCGUUCAGAGUAUAGACAGUCGGGUUUAAUCAGCAAGGUCUUUUAAAUUUUAAGCUUAGUUAAAUGUAAAAUUUUAUAUGAUUUGGAUGAGACAAGGUUGAAUGAAAUAUUUUUGUUCCUUUGUGGACUACAUAUACAUUUUUA